CAAUAACUGACAUUAGUUCGCGCGGGCGAAGCAGCGGGCUUCAUAUUCAGCGGCGUCAAGAGAGCUCGGCGCAAUACAAAGCGGUCAUAAGUAACACGGGGCUGAUGUAACGACGCAUAAUUUGAGUUACCUGCCAGCCGGUAGGCUGCCACGCGCGUCGGCAUUUACGAUGGCAGCUUAAUGAGAAUGUACAGCUGAGGGAAGGGAUGUCUUCAAAUUACGACGGCCGAGAUGCUUUGCAGCAGCUUCGGCUGCAUUUUUCGGGAGGGGCGCCCGCUGACGAGGAGCGCCAGCCCCAAAAUGGCCUGGAGCGGAUUGUGCAAAGCACUAGCAAGGCAAUUGCUGGAGCAUGGCAAAAGACGUGUGAUGCGUAUAAUACGCAUCUGGACGCGAAUGACAACGCCUGGUGGUUGUUCGCGCGCACGAACCGUGUGCGCCAACUGUGCCUCCGCAUUUGCGCGUGGCCAUGGUUUGGGCGCAUCAUCCUCACUCUCGUGCUUGCAAGCUGCCUGGUGAUGGCUCUUGACGAUCCCGGCUGCACAGAUGCGUGCAAGCAGGAAGCAGUGCUGACUAAGGUGGUGAGUCCCCGGUGCAAUCGUUGCGACAUGUACAAGAAGGCAUCGGUCGUCCUGGAUCUUUUCUUUACAACCGCCUUCACGAUUGAAAUCAUCAUCAAGAGCAUCGGUCACAACUUUUGCUUUGGCCCGGACGCGUACCUCAAAAGCGGCUGGAACUGGAUUGACUUUCUGUCCACCGCCUCCGGCUACCUGCGCUACCUGCCCAUCAGCGAGAACGGCGGCCUGUCGGGCAUCCGGGCCAUGCGCGCAUUGCGGCCGUUGAGAGCGCUUAACGCCAUCCCGGGCCUGCGCAUGCUGGUGGAAACGCUGCUGGAGGCCGUGCCUCUGCUGAUCGACGUGCUAAUGCUGUUAACCUGGGUGUUCUUCGUGUUUGGCAUCGUGGCGCUGAACCUGUUUAUGGGCAAACUGCACAACCGCUGCAUGAUCCAGGUGGAUCCAAGCCAGGCGGACGCGAACCUCACCGCGGCGCUGUCAAACCUGACCGCCCAGCUGCUCCUCGACAACAGCAGUAGCAGCGCCGCUCCGCCGCCGCUGCUGCAGCCAUCGUGGCCGCCGCCGUGGCCGCCCCCAGUACCUUUGGGCGCAAAUGGCAGUGGGAACGGGGAUAACGCCAGCGAGCUGGUGUGGGUGCCCUAUCCGGGCAUGGAGAACACCGUGUGCUCGGGCAGCGGGCCCGGCAUCCUGAAGUGCCCUGAUGGUGCCACGUGCCUCGACACGAACACCAACCCAAACUAUGGCUACACCUCGUUCGACAACUUCGCGGCGGCCUCCUACUGCAUUUUCCAGAUGCUGACUCUGGACGCCUGGACCUCCACGCUUCUGUACCCGCUCAUGAACAGCAUAGGCCCCGCCCUGCCCGUGCUGUACUUCACGCUGCUCGUCUUGUUCGGCGCCUUCUUCGCCAUGCAGCUGCUGGUGGCCAUCCUAAGCUCCAAGUUUGCACAGCUCAGCGCGCAGAGGCCGAAGAAGCGGAAAAAACGGCGGCGGCGGCGGGCUCACACUCCGCCGGACACAACAGAUGAGGACAAUGACGACUGUGAGUCGGACCCCGAUGAUGACGGGCAACCACGGCGCUGCCGCCUGCGGAUACCGCCGUUGGGAACGCGGCUCAGGCGGUGGUGGCGGCGCAACUGGUACCACUUCCACAGGACGUACCUCAUGGCGUUGCGCCGCAAGGACCUGCCGCCCUGGCGUGCCUUCUUCUGGGACGUGACGUACAGCAUCUGGUUCAACAACAUCAUGACGGGCUUCAUCCUGGCCAACACCGUGACGCUGGGGCUGGAGCACUACGGCAUGGGCGACGCCAUGCUGCACACGCUGGAGAUCAUAAACCUCGCGCUGACGGCGGGCUUCAUCCUGGAGUUUGUCGUCAAGCACCUGGGCUGUGGCAUUGUGGGCUACUGGCGGGACCCCUGGAACAUCCUGGAUGGUCUCAUCGUCGUGCUGUCCAUUGUGGAGAUUAUUCUUACGUACGGCCCGGCAUCGGGCGGCGGGACCAACACCCAGUCGCUGCGCACCUUCCGGUUGCUGCGGAUUCUGCGGUCCCUCAAGCUGCUGGCUCGCGUAAAGGCGCUGCGCAAGCUGAUGCGCAUGGUCAUCAAGGGCUUUGUGGCGCUGAAGGACUUCCUGAUGCUGCUGGUGCUGUUCAUCUUCAUCUUCUCCAUUCUUGGCCUGCAACAGUUCGGGGGCGCAGCGGCGUUCGCGCCUGCGCCGCCAGCCGUGGGCUACAACCCUAAUUUCGACACGCUGUGGCAGUCCGGUUACACCGUGUUUCAGCUGCUGACCAGCGACAGCUGGGUCUCCACCAGCUGGACCGGCAUGCUGGCGCGCGGCACCGCCGCCUGCCUGUACUUCAUCACCUGGAUAGUGAUCGGCAACUUUGUGCUGCUCACGCUGUUCCUGGCCAUCCUCAUCACCAACUUCCAGUCGGAUGAGGACGUGGAGCCCACGGAGGAGGAGCUGAACUCCAACCCCUACGCGCCGGAUGACCAGAGCGAGACCGCCUCCACGCUGGGCGGCAGCACGCUGGGCGGCGAGCCCGGCUCCAACGGGCCGCAGAACGCGCUGGGGCAGCGCGUGGUGGGGCGCACGCAGGAGAAGGAUGUGUACGCCAUCAAGAAGUGGAUGGUGCUGAUGGGCUACUACCACGGCAUGAAGCAAGCCGAGGUGUCUGACAUCUCUAUGCGCAUGGACGAUAUGUUCACGCGGAACCAGGGCAUGUUUGCGCCCUUCGCUCGGACCGACAUCGUUAACUACGACGAGCGCGACCAGGCCCGCGAGCGCGAGCGGGAGCGCGACCGUGAUUCCACCAACACCGCCACCAGCGUGCACGGCUCACCGGGGCCCGGGGCUGGCCAUGGCGGCAGGUCAAGCGCUUUGCGGCGCGUCAGCAACCCGCUGUCCGCGGCCCUGAGCAAGUUUGGCGCCCAGCUGCAAUCCAUUAGUAGUGGCGGUCCUGUUGGUGACCGGGAGCGGCGCUCCAACCCGGAGACCUCAGUGCCCUUGUCGCCAGCAGCUGACGUGGGCCCAACAGGAGGAACCGGCUUCAGGAAGUUCUUUGGCGGCAAGGGAGGUGGCGGUGGCGAGGGCGGCAGCGAGGGUAAGGUGCUGGGGCGGCGCUCCGCGCCGCUGAGCCGCGCCGUGCGCAACACGUCUGCAGAACAGCCGGGUGUGGGGCCGCAGAUGCGGCCCAUGGACACGGUGGCGGAGGAGGGCGAGCAGGGCGUCAACGCCACUGUCAGCGCUGACGUCACUGGAGACCGCGUGAACCCUGGGCGCAUGCUUCCAUCUCGACCCGGCGACCCACGUGCGCUAAGGAGCCAUCGAAGCGCGCAAGUACGGGACGAGAACCGGCCGACCCUCAUGACCGUGCAAACGCCUCGCAGCAGCUUGCCUACAAGCGUUGCCGCGGCUUUGGAGGCAGUGCGGACCUCCCUACGGGCUAACCACGUGUCGUGGAGGCCGUCUGACAGCGGCUUGGAGAUGCACCGUGUGGAAUCGGGAGUUCGCCUCGACACGGGCCGCAGCGACGGUCAGGGGCACGGGCGUGGGCAUGGCCAUAGCCGCAGCCACGACCACGAUCAUGACCACGAGGCGCCAGGAGACGAGGUCGACAGUCCAUCGCCAAUGCGGCGGCGGCGAGAGUUCGUGGAGCAAUGGCGGACGUGGUUUGAUGACGCGGAGUCAGCGCCCGCCAGCAGCUUCACCGCCUCCGGUGUUCUACGCACGGGGUCUACUGAGCUGAAGAUGGCGGCAGGUGUUGGCCUGCCAAGGGCAGCGUCAGCAAACGCGGCUUCAGCGGCCGCUGCAGCGGCCGCUGCAGCUGUAGCGGAUCGAGCCAACAAGGCAGGGCCUGCUGAGUCGGCGCACAGCAAAUCAGGGUCCUUUCGGAGUAGGGCGUUGGGUGCUGGAGGUACAGCACUCCAUAUUCGCAACAUGGCGAAGAGCAGCAGCGACCGAUGCGUAGGCGGCCAGGAGCAGCUGCUGGUUGCGCUGGUGGCCUCUGCUGCUGAGACGGACGGCCCGGCGACGCCUGACGGGGGCGACGGCGGCUUUGCCAAUCAUGGCUCCAGCAGCCCGCGCAGCCGCCAGCAAGGCAUGGCGGCGGCCCGGGAACAGUAUGCAGCCCAGCCUGCGCAUGAGAGGCACCCGGUGCAGGGGCGGGACAACGUUCCUGCGGCGGUAAGCGGUGGCGCAAUCAUACCGAGCAGCAUGCGCCUAUCCAUCGCCCAGCAUGGACCGGGGGGCCGCCUGAAGGGCAUCACGGCAAGCAGCUGGCAGCAGCGCGGGCGGUCGCUGCCGCGGUGCUGGUCUACCAGCCAGAUGGAUGGUGCGCAUCUUUACAGCGAGUCUGCAGGCGCCUACGUUGCAGAUGGCUACGCGGUUGGGCUGCCUGGCUCCUCACACCCUUCACCGCAGGGCUCAGUAUCCCGGGUGGGGCGUGGGUCAGGCGUGCCCAGCAGCCCGCGCGGCCCCGAGUCCAUCUCGGACCUUCAGCCGUCAAGCAGGGGAUCGCCGCAACGCCGGGGCCGGGCUGGCGCUUCGGCAGCGGGUGCAUCUGUGUCGCCGGCGUCCUCGUCGGUGUCGCCUACGCGCGGGGGCCAGCCGCAGUCGACGGAGGCUGCGUCAGGCCUCCUCACGUCAGCAACGUCGCUGGGCGUGACGCCCAGCGCGGCUGGAACGCCUGACGCAGCCACAGCUCCAAUGGGUGCCCUGGAUGGGAUUGGCUAUGCAUCUAGCAGAGAGCGCCCAAGGCAGUCCAGCAGCCAUCCGGCCAGCACGCUCAUUCUGGCGCCGCCAACCACUGUUCGGGGGCUUGCAGCAGCUGCUGAUGGAGGCUCAGUUAUCUCGCCACCGUCUGCAAUAGUGCUGAAAGGCGGCGACUGUGUGGCUGAAACGGCUUCGUCGUCUGAUAGCCUGCCAGGCGUAUCGGUGCUAAACCGCACUGUGGUCGCACAGCGGGGCUCGCCGGAGGUGCAGGGCCCGCCAACUAGUCGCAUGGCUUGGGCCAGCCCUUCGGCUUCUGCAUCAAAGCUUGCUGUGCAGCGAGCCCCCGGACCAGCUUCACACCAGGACGCAGCCCCGGGUGCGAGGGAGGCGGAGCUUGGCAGCAGCUCGGCGCUGGAGGGCUGCUCAGCACCGGGUGGGGAGGGAGUGGAUGACCGCCAGCCCGCCAUGUGUAUCCACGGCAGUCACAUGGUGUUGGUGCAAGCUGGCGCCGCGGCCGCUUCAUCCGCGUCCAGAGCUGCUGCAGCACAGGCGACGGCUCAAGGGCGUGUCAGUGGCGGGCACUCCGUUGGCAGCAACACUUCUUUUGCUUUCACGUCUCAACCUGAAUCGUACAGCAGCGUGGCGCAGGACAGCAUGUUGGACACGAGACGCAGCCCAAGAGAGGGGGCCCCAGCGGCGAGCGCAGCAGAAAGCUCGCUCCAAGAUGGCUGGGUCCAGCCGCAACCACAGCGGUCCCCUGUAGCGCGUGAGCCAUUGAUCGCACGCCAUUUGUGUGCUGCAGCAGCCGCACCCACCAUGACUACUAUGACAGCCACACCGACGGCGUUGGCUAUCACAGCAGCGGAGACCUUUGGGGCUGGCAAUGGUGCGGACAUUGGUGAUUUGUGUGGGGAUUCGUUCCUAUCCCGUGAGAGCUUCGCCUUUACGGCGAGGAGUCCGGGCCAGGGGAGCGCCAGCGGCUCCGGCAGUGGCAGCCUGCCGUCCCCAAACUACUUUGGCCCGUACGUGCGCUGCGAGCAGCCGCCUGCUGGCGCGCAUGGAGUGGGAGGCCCUGGUGUGGGCUCACCAGCAGCUGGUAUGGCAACAGGAGCAGGCGCACUAACAGCUGGGGAGCCCGGCGACAGCACAAGGCGUGUGUGCAUAUCAGGGUCACAGCAUGACUCGCAGUCUCUCGCCUCCACAUCGUGUGCCUCCUGGCUGCCGGCCGUGACAACCGCAGCCAGGCCAAGCGGUCCACCAUCAACAACCGCUGGGUCUCACUUGCAGGCGGCAUCAUCCGUCACUGGUUCCCCAACAGCAUCUCGGCGACCCGUGGCAGAGGGUGUGAUGCCCAGCGCUAUGGAUCCUGCGGUAUUGCAGCUGGUCGCUGUGGCGUCACCUGGUGCGCAAUGGCCUUGGCAUGCAGAAGCCUACAGCAGCAGCCAGAAGGCUGGUGACUGGUGGCGACCUGCAGCAGCUCAUAGCGCGUGCAGUCAGGAGCGCAUUGCAACUGGCGCGGAGGAGUCCAGCCUGGUCGCUACAAGGGCUUCUGGACCUGUGGCAGAGGCUAUUGCCAUGGCAUCAUCUAUCUCAGCAGAGCGACGAGCCAGGGCUCGGCAACGUGGCGCUAAUGCACAGCCAACUGGAGCUGCCGUGCCGGAUCAGGACCCCUAUCCAUACCUCAAGUUCUCGGCCUUCAUCUUCCUGGCACCCUACCACCCAUAUCGCAUGAAGAUGCAGGCUGUCGUCUCCAACAAGUGGUUUGAGGGCUUCAUCAUGCUGAUGAUCCUCAUCUCGUCCAUCACGUUGGCGCUGGACCGACCCACACUGGACCCGGCCAGCAGCAUGGCGGAGGCCGUGAAGAUCAUUGAGUGGACCAUCAACAUCCUCUUCGCAAUCGAGAUGAUCAUCAAACUGUUGCUCAAGGGAUGCAUCUGGCAUCGUAGUGCCUACUGGCGCAACGGCUGGGAUAUCCUGGAUGGCCUCAUAGUGGUGACCAGCUUGGUGUCCAUGGCGGCACCCUCCAUCGCCUUCUUCCGCACGCUGCGGCUACUGCGUGUGCUGCGCCCACUUCGCAUGGUCAGCCGGGUGCGCGGCAUGCGUAUGGUAGUGGAAACACUCAUAACUUCGCUGCCGGCGGUUGCAAAUGUGAUGUUAUUUGGAGGGUUCAUGUUUGGCAUCUUUGGCAUUCUCGGCACACAGCUGUACAUGGGCCGCACAUCACGCUGCAAUCAAAACAGCUUUGCCAAUGGGACUGCCGUACUUGACAAGUCCAUGUGCAUGCCUGGUGUCUUCAUCUGCACGGACUCUGACAUCUGCGACACAAUUGGCGAGCCGACAACCCGCACCUGGGUGACACCAUACCGCAACUUUGACCACCUUGGCCGCUCACUGCUGACGUUGUUCAUCGUCGCCACACUUGAUGGCUACAUGGACACCCUGCAGGCGGUUGUGGAUGCAGUGGGGGUGGAUAAGCAGCCCCAGUACAACCACGCGCCGUACAUGGGCAUGUACGUGAUUUCCUUUGUGUUCCUUGGCUCCUUCUUUUGGCUCAACCUGCUGGUGUCGGUUAUCAUUGACUACUAUAGCCAGCUGAUGAUGAAGGAGGAGGGCAUGCUAGCCGACAAAUCCAUGCGCGAAUGGAUGAAAUUGCUGCAGUUCACGGCACGGCCACAGAAGGACAUCUGGCGCACCAUCCCUGUGCCUAAGAACCCAUUGCGUGCGCGCUGCUAUGGCAUUGCCUCCUCACCGUACUUCGACAAUUUCAUCAUGAGCAUCAUCAUGGCCAACGUGCUCGUCAUGGCGCUCCCCCACGAGGGCAGCACGCCAACGUUUGAGGACACGCUGGCCUUCUUCAAUGCGGCCUUUACACUGGUGUUCAUAUUUGAAGCGGUGGUCAAGAACAUGGCCAUGGGACCGCGAGUCUACAUCAAGGACAACUGGAACAAGCUUGAUUUGUUCAUUGUCAUCACCUCCAUUCCCGACCUGCUGUCAUUAGUGGUGCCGCUGGGGGCAGGCACAGGUGUCAUGACGGUGUUCCGCAUCAUGCGCAUUGGCCGCAUGUUCAAACUCAUCAAGAAUGCACGUGGCCUUCGUACGCUGUUCAACACGCUCAUUUCGUCGCUGCCAGCCAUUGUAAACGUUGGGAGUUUGCUGUUUCUGCUCAUGUUCAUCUACGCGGUUCUGGGUAUGAACCUGUUUGGCACCCCUGGGAAUCCAUUCGAAGGCGGUACUGACAGCAACUUCAACAACUUUGGGGCCUCACUUGUGGUACUAUUCCAGGUGUUCACUGGUGACGGCUGGAGCGCCGUCAUGGCCCAGGCCUCGGGCUGUGACAGCUUUCAGUUCCAGUGCAAAACUAGUGGCCAGGCGCUGGUGGCAGCCCUCUUCUUCUGCAGCUUCAUCAUGUUGGCAAAUUUUGUGAUGCUGAAUCUUGUGAUUGCUGUCAUUUUGGAUAACUUCAUCACCUCCGCCAAGGAUGAGGGCUUGCUCACCAUAUCAAACUUCUCGGAGACCAUGAGCAAGGUCAUUUCACUGCGCAUUUUCGUGCGCUUAUUGAAAACGAAGAUUGAGCUUAUGAAAGCUGUGGACGAGUUGAAAGCAUUUGCAAACCACAAUGAGAAUGGGGGUCACGCCACUAAUCUGCUGUUAACACGCGACCGCCGAGCCAAGUCCCGCAAGAAGCCAUCCGCUGUCAACAUCCCGCUGGUGGGGGUGCUGGGCAAGCAAGGAGAGGCAUCGCCUGCAAGCACGGCUGGCGGCAUUGAGGUGGUGAGCGGACCCACCCUGGGGCGCAUUGGCACGGGACUGCUGGGAGCAGCGCAAGGGCGCAACAGCCACCUGAGCAUCCCCAGCCGUGAUGAGGGCCACAGCGUCAAGCGCUCAGACUCACGUGAUGCAACCAACAAUAGCAGCUACUUUGGGGCCAUACGGCGUGCCCUGACGCGGCAGGAGAGCAGUGAGGGGGGUGACGGGGUUACCAGGAUGGCCGUCCGUGCGCAUGGUGGCACGGAAGGGGGCGAGGGGGACAGGUCACACACGGCCAGCAUGGAUGGAGGGGUCGGAGGCACCCCAGUCAACCUGCCAGGGUUGAGCACUAUCCUGCGUCGCCGCCGCAUCAGUGGCGCCAGUGAUGUAUGAUACGCCAUGAUGCCAGGGCGGUAGUGAAGAUGCCUGCUGUAUCUUGGUUUAGCUUGACGCUACCUACAACAGCGAAAGAGGCCUUACAGCUUUGAACUACACCAGGAUAGGUAUACAGUAAAGAAUCACUUUUCCGUGGACACUUGUGGUACCACUGCUGCACUGCCUACUACUAUCUAGCGCUGUUGGUGCUCAGACUGGCUGGAGGAUUGGCACGAUGUACUGCACAUUUGAUGUUAUACUUUGACGUGGCACAGGGGUGAAGGGGCAUGCAGAGCAUUGUAGCUGUGUCAUCAUCUGAUGCCGAGGAUGCAAAUAACCGUUUUUCCUCCAUUGGGGACUGUUGCUAGCUUAAACUGAUGAGCAGAGUGAAUACCGUAAAUUGCUGGUGGUGAUAGAAGCAAGGCUAAAAUCGAAGCUUGUGGUAUGUAUUCUGAACUUGAGGGUGAUGUUGGCUAAAUUAUUAAUGCACAUUAAGCAAGUUAGCGUGGAGCCAACCAAAACACGGCGCUGGCCUGCAGGCUGAGCAGCCACCCGGUGUCUAAUGUAGCAAUCCGCUGGAGUGCAGAGCAUGCGGCUGCAGCAUGGUACGGUAGUAUGGCGGUUCAUCUAAUACCUGGUUCGCUCUGCCUGCUCAAACAGAUUCCGGCAAUGUCCAGGGGUUGGGGUAGUUAUGAACAAGUUUUCAUGCCUUCGGCCUUGGGUAGUUUUGGGUUUGCGUCGGCUUGAGGGUAGGGUGGCGCCAGCCCCUGAGGUCUGGGCUUCAACCCGUCUUGUUUGGGAUGGCUUUGGUGCGGGUUUCCUACUCCUCAAAGAAUUGGAAACUUUGAGCGGCUUGCCGCUUGCUUCUCUGUGUUUCCUUGGCCACUCCUUUAACAUCUGCAUGAAAGAAAAACGCCGCCGCGGUGGUGGGGGUGGAUUUCUUCCAAUGUGUUUUUUUAGGCUUCAAUGUGGACGCUACAGAGAAGAGGCCAGAAAGGCAAGCACCCAACAGGACCGCGGUGGCUUGAGGGGAUGCGAUGGAGGACGACUGGACGAGGGCAACAUGGCGGCGGCGCUGAUGGGUUCGCCCCCACUCGCCAACUGUAUGUCGUGUCAUUCUGCUGGUUAUGAGUGUCUCCGC